GCAAAGAUGGAAAACCACACCAGGAUAAGUGAGUUCACUUUGGCUGGGUUCAAAUCCCAGCCAGGAUCACAAGUCCUCCUCUCUGUUCUCUUCUCCACCAUGUACAUUGUCACUGUAGUGGGAAACAUCUGCAUGAUUCUCAUCAUCAGGAUGGACUCCAGCCUGCACACUCCAAUGUACUUCUUCCUGGAGAACCUGUCCACUUUGGAUAUCUGUUAUUCCUCUGUCAUCACUCCCAGGGCAACACUGGCAUUCUUACUGGGCAGAAGAAGCAUUUCCUACAAUGGCUGUGCCUCUCAGAUGUUCUUCUUCUCUCUCUUUGGCACCACAGAAGCGUUCUUCCUGGCCGUGAUGGCUUACGAUCGCUUCACGGCCGUCUGCAACCCCCUGCUCUACCAGGUCAUUAUGAGCAGAAGGCUUUGUGUUCUCAUGGUGAUGGGCUCUUAUCUGUCAGGCUGCAUCAACUGCACCAUCCAGACAAGCUUCACCUUCAGUUUGUCCUUUUGUGGGCACACAGAAAUCAACCACUUCUUCUGUGAGGUUGCUGCAGUGAUCCACGCCUCCUGUUCCGACACUCUUGUCAAUGAACUCGUCAUGCUGGCUGUGUGUGGAUCAAUCAUUGUGGGCACUGCCUUGGUGGUUUUUAUCUCCUAUGGUUAUAUAAUCAUCACAAUAGUCCAAAUGCCUUCAGCUGAAAGCAGGCACAAGGCCUUCUCCACCUGCUCCUCUCACAUGAUAACAAUCUGCUUGUUCUUUGGGACAGUUUUCUUCAUGUAUGCUCAGCCUGGAGCUGCAGCUUCAUCCAACAAAACCAACACCAUCUCAGUCUUCUACACUAUUGUUAUUCCCAUGCUAAACCCUUUCAUUUACACCCUCCGAAACAGGGAGGUAAAAAGGUCUCUGAAAAAACAGUUAGAAAGGAAAGGGUUUUUUAAAACCCCUUUACAGGAGCUGAGAAUGAACACAGUGUCCAAUUUGAUACAGAUACUUAGAAUGUAA